AUGAAGUUGCAAAACAGUUGCAUUACUCUCAUGAAGGUUAUGGAAAUAAUAUUAAUUGGCUUUACUUUCCAGAGAGAAGGGGGCCGUGUGCCACGCACAGUUGAGUGUGAAGUUCGAGAGGACUUGGUUGACUCAUGUGUUCCUGGAGAUAUGGUAACAGUGACUGGGAUUGUGAAGGUUAGUCAGCUUCAAGAAGGUUCAAAAUAUAACAGGGAUAAAUGUAUGUUUUCUCUUUAUAUUGAUGCUUCGUCAGUCACCAACUGUAAAGCUGGGAGUGAUUCUGCAUCAGCUGCUGGGAUUGAGUUCAGCAUUAAGGAUUAUUAUGCAAUACAGGAAAUUCAAGCAGAGCCACAGUUAUUCAAGCUAAUCAUAGCAUCCCUGUGUCCCCGAAUAUGUGGUCAUGAGCUUGUCAAGGCUGGACUUGUGUUAUGCUUGUUUGGAGGCUGUUCCAGAGGUGGCGCUGAUAGAGUGCCAAUUCGUGGAGAUCCCCACAUUUUGGUUGUAGGCGAUCCAGGACUGGGAAAGAGUCAGAUGCUACAAGCUUGUGCUAAUGUUGCACCAAGAGGGGUCUAUGUUUGUGGUAACACAACUACCACAUCUGGGUUAACGGUUACCUUGAGCAGAGAAGGUGGGGGCUCAGGAGAUUAUGCCUUAGAAGGAGGGGCACUUGUUUUAGCUGACCAGGGUGUGUGCUGUAUUGAUGAGUUUGACAAGAUGGGCAACCAACAUCAGGCACUUCUUGAAGCUAUGGAGCAGCAGAGUAUCAGUAUUGCAAAAGCUGGUAUUGUGUGUUCUCUUCCUGCUCGGACAUCUAUUUUAGCAGCAGCAAACCCUGUUGGUGGUCACUACAACAAAGCCAAGACUGUUUCUGAGAACCUCAAAAUGAAUAGCGCACUUCUAUCAAGAUUUGACUUGGUUUUUAUUCUGUUAGAUAAACCAAAUGAGGAGUUAGAUUGUCUGUUGUCAGAGCAUGUAAUGGCACUCCAUAGUAGUACUGGAGAAAAGAUACCAAAACCACUAAGUGGCGUAAGAGUACGCCGCGAAGAUUUGUUAAAUGCUUCGACUGUCAUUGAUAGAGAUACGCCUUUAAGUGAAAGGCUCAAGUACCAAAGUGAAGAACCACUAGAUCCUAUCCCUCAUCAGCUUCUUCGUAAGUACAUUUGCUAUGCCAGAAAAUAUGUCCAGCCACGACUUACCAAAGAAGCUGCAAAAGUCAUUCAACAGUUUUAUCUUGAUCUUCGUCAAAAGCAUCAAAAUACAAACUCUACUCCAAUUACUACUAGACAGUUAGAAUCUUUAAUUCGUCUUACUGAGGCCAGAGCAAGGUGUGAACUACGUGAGGAGGCCACAGAAGAUGAUGCACGUGAUGUGGUGGAGGUGAUGCGCUUCUCAAUGAUGGACACGUUUUCAGAUGAAUUUGGGCUCUUGGACUUCCAAAGGUCUCAGCAUGGCUCAGGGUCGAGUAACAGGGGCCAGAUGAAGAAGUUUGUUGCAGCUCUUCAGAGGAUGUCAGAUAACACUUAUAAAUCUACAUAUAGCUUAGAUGAAUUGAGGCAGUUGGCCAAACAAUUGAACAUGAAAGUUGGUGAUUUUAGAGACUUUGUUGAAAGUUUAAAUCACCAAGGAUACUUACUGAAGAAAGGUUCUAAUAUAUAUCAACUUAUGACUGCAAAUUGUUGAUGACUAAUGUUGAAUUUUCCUUUUGUUGAAGUCUGAAUGUAGUGUAUACUAGUUACAUGUAAAUACUGUAAUUGUUUUGUACAAAAAUACAAACCUCUUCCAGACCAUAGCUGUUACAUCAGUAUUUCAAAAGGCAGAUCAGUUAAAGAUUUUUUAUUUUAUUAAUUCAUUCAACCUUGAGUUUGCUCUUUUGACUCAUUUCGUUCUAUUGCUUUCUAUGGUAUCUUGUUUUCAUGUCUUUAUUCCUUUUAAAUAGUAUGUGGUAUGCCCUAAGCUCUCAGUUUUAAUUGUAGCCUUUACUUUUAUUAUACUACUGUAGUUCUUAUCUUAUGUUAUUUGCAUCUUCAUGACCCAUUUUAAAGAAAUUUUAAGCAAUCUUUUGUCCUGCAUAAUUCAUGGGAGGCUACUUUAUAUUAUUUUACAUACAGGGUAUUCCAUAUUUUUGCUGUAUGCAGUUAUCAGUUUGACUGUCUGGAAGGUCAUAAAUUCCUUACAGAGGGAGACUUUCAAUAUGAAAUUUCAUUAUGGAAUGAAUGCCAGCAAGAUCAUAUAAUUUGUGAAGCCUCAUAAAGUUCCAGUUAAACACUAAAGAGGGGACAGGUGGUGAGCAUAUCUGUUAAAACAUACAGUCUCUUAAUAUUUGCCUUUGCCAAACAUAUCUUAUAUAAAUGGCUUACCAAGUGGAGUCUGUUAUACCAGAUAUUGACACUUCCUCAGAAUCAACAUGGCAAUCCAGUUAUGAGGACCUAUUGUAUCUUAGAAAAGAAGCACUACUCAUUGAAUAUUAUGAUUGCCUUCUGACUAAGCAACUCUGUCAGGAGGACUUUGCCUUCAUUGAAUGCAUGAGCUGUGUUCAGUUUGAAUUUAUUCAGGUUUGACACUUGUCACUUUAGAAAGAAUAUUUUACUGCUGAGAUUUUGUGCACAAGAACUUUGAUAAUUUUUUUUUCUCUAUCCUGUUGUGGCAUGUAAAAGGAGAGAUAAAUAACUUAUUGUCUAACUACCUAAUGAUUAACUAAAUGAAGAACCUUCCAUCUAUAUACAGGGUACCUCUUAUAGCAUGACUUGUGUGGAUAACGAACUGCUGCUAAUUGAUUCCUUUGUCCUCAGCUAGAGUAUGUAGAUUUUUCAUUGUAAUCUCACUUACAAGUCAUAUGCUAAAAACAAACUUCACCCAACAU